AUGCAGGGCUACACAGAGGAGGACUUCCCCCGUGCUGCUCCCUUCAGGAAGCAGGAGAAGCAGCGGGGCGAAGCAAAACACAGCAGCAGCAGCAGCAGCAGCAGCAGCAGCAGAAGCAGGAGAAGCAGCGGGGCGAAGCAAAACACAGCAGCAGCAGCAGCAGCAGGCAAAGGAGAUGCAGCAGCAGCAGCAGCAGCAUUCAGGGGGCCCCUAAAGGAAGGGGCGCUGCUGCUGGGGGUUGUUGCUGAGGUCCAUACAAACGAGUUGCUGCUGCAGCUACCUUACGGCUUCGUGGGGGCAGCUGCUGCCUUGUGUUGUAAUCGGUACACCCAGCAGCAGCAGCAGCAGCAGCAGCAGCAGCAGCAGAGAAGAGCAAAGGGAACGCAGCAGCAGCAGCAGCAGCAGCAGCAGGAGACAGCUUAUGGACAGCAGCUGCUGCAGCGCUUCUUUGUUGGGCAGCUGCUGCCUUGUGUUGUAAUCGGUACACCCAGCAGCAGCAGCAGCAGCAGCAGCAGCAGCAGCAGCAGCAGCAGCAGUGCGUAUGAGCUCUCGCUGCGGCCUUCUCUAUGCAAUGCCGGUCUGUCGCUGCAGCUGCUGCAGCAGGGGAUGCUGCUGCCAGCAGCUGUCUGCUCAGUUGAGGAGCAUGGUUUGCUGCUGUCUUUUGGGCUGCAGCAGCACAGCAGCAGCAGCAGCAGCAGCAGUUCGAUUCGUGCCUUCCUGCCGCAGCAGCAGCAGCAGCUGCUGCAGCAGCAACACAAUAUGUUGCUGCUGCAAGGAUCUGUUCUCCCUGUGCUGCUGCAGGAGGUAAACAAGGCCUCAGGUACAAUCAUAUGUGCAGCAGCAGCAGCAGCAGCAGCAGCAGCAACAGAAGCAGCAGCAGCAGCAGCUGCUGCACCUCUGUCUUCUGCCUUCAGUCUGCAGCAGCAACUCUCCUACGACAGUCUAAGGCCUGGGCUGCUGCUGGAGUGCCGCGUGCUGCGCCCUAUAAUGCAUGCAGCGCACAGCAGCAGCAGCAGCAGCAGCAGCAGUUCAAUCCGUGCCUUCCUGCCGCAGCAGCAGCAGCAGCUGCUGCAGCAGCAACACAAUAUGCUGCUGCUGCAAGGAUCUGUUCUCCCUGUGCUGCUGCAGGAGUCUGCAGCAGCAACUUUCCUACGACAGUCUAAGGCCUGGGCUGCUGCUGGAGUGCCGCGUGCUGCGCCCUAUAAUGCAUGCAGCAGCAGCAGCAGCAGCAGCAGCAGCAGCAGGAGGGAAGCGGAGACGAGGCGGCGACGACAGCAGCAGCAGCAGCAGCAGCAGCAGCAAGAAGAUAACAGCAGCAGCAGAGCUCAGCCAGCUGCAAGGCAUCGAGCUGCGGUGUCUUCACUCAAUAACAGCAGUUGUGCUGCACCCCCACAUUAUGAAUCCUGCGUUGCUGCAGCAGCAGCAGCAGCAGCAGCAGCAGUUGCUGCUAGCCUUCAGCAGCAAAAAGGCGAAGCAAAACGGAAAGCAGCACCAAGACAACAGCAGCAACAGCAGCAGCAGCAGCAGCAGCAGCACAGCAACAGAGGAGCAACUGCAGCAGCAGUUCGACAAGCAGCUGCUGCAGCUCAUCAACCCGCAGCAGCAGAAGCACUCAGCAGCAAAAAGGCGAAGCAAAACGGAAAACAGCACCAAGACAACAGCAGCAACAGCAGCAGCAGCAGCAGCAGCAGCACAGCAACUGAGGAGCAACUGCAGCAGCAGUUCGACAAGCAGCUGCUGCAGCUCAUCAACCCGCAGCAGCAGAAGCAGCAGCAGCAGCAGCAGCAGCAGCAGCAGCAGCAUGUGUAUGCAAGAGUAAUUGCGCUGCUGCCGCAGCAGCGGGUUGUCUUUGUCUCGCUGCUGCCGCACAUAGUUGGAUGGCAGCAGCAGCAGCUGCUGCAGCUGCUGCCCCCGCAUCUGCUGCUGCCGGGGACGAAGAUUAAGAUUCCUCUUUCUAUACUCAGCAGCAGCAGCAGCAGCAGCAGCAGCAGCAGCAGCAAUGCUGCAGCAAACAGCGACGGAAAGAGGGCGCUGCUGCCCCUUCACAAACUGCAGCAGCAACUGUUGCUGCAGAGCAGCAGCAGCAGCAGCAGCAGCAGCAGCGACAGCAACAAGGACGAUGAUACUGCUGCUCUAGCAGCAGCAACCACAGACAACAAUAGCAGCAGCAGCAGCAGCAGCAGCAGCAGCUUUGCUUCGUUUGCUGUUGUUCGUAUUCCUCCGUUUUUCGAGCAAACACAAGCAGCAGCUGCUGCUGCAGCAGCAGCAGCAACGGCUGGCGGCAGCAGCAGCAGCAGCAGCAAGAGGAAGCGCGAGCAGCAGCAGCAGCAGCAGCAGCAGCACGUCAGCCGCUGCCGUGUUUUAUUUACGCAUUGGUUUGACCUGGAAGUUGUUGCUGCUGCUGCUGCUGCGCUGCUGCAGCAGCAGCUGCUGUCUCCUGUUGAGGCGCAGCCGGGGGACCUCCUCGUGGGGACUGUAAUCAAAGCAGUACGCAGCAGCAGCAGCAGCAGCAAACACAAGCAGCAGCUGCUGCUGCAGCAGCAGCAGCAACGGGUCGAGCUGCAGCAAGCUGGGCUGCUUCUACGGUUGUCUUCUUCUGUGCGGGGUUGGCUGCCUCUGUGCUGCCUGAGCGACGUGCCGCUGCAGCAGCUGCCGAAGGAUGCAGCAGCAAAAGCAACGAUGAGUAUACGGGUGCUGCGGCGGUUCUGCUGCAGCAGCUGUGAUUUUAUAGAAUCUUCUGCUGCUGCUGCUGCUGCUGUUCUCAGCAGCUGCUGCACACACGCUGCUGCUCCGCUGCAGCAGCAGCAACAGCAGCAGAAACAGCAGCAGAAACAGCUGUUGUCUUCUUCUGUGCGGGGUUGGCUGCCGCUCUGCUGCCUGAGCGACGUGCCGCUGCAGCAGCUGCCGAAGGAUGCAGCAGCAAAAGCAACGAUGAGUAUACGGGUGCUGCGGCGGUUCUGCUGCAGCAGCUGUGAUUUUAUAGAAUCUUCUGCUGCUGCUGCUGCUGCUGUUCUCAGCAGCUGCUGCACACACGCUGCUGCUCCGCUGCAGCAGCAGCAACAGCAGCAGAAACACCAGCAGAAACAGCUGUAUCCAAUCAACAGCAGCAGCAACAGCAGCAGCAGCAGCAGCAGCAGCAGCAGCAGCAGCAGCAGCAGCAAUAUAUUUACUGUAUUUGAACGCGGAAUGCUUGCUGCUGCUCUUAUGGCUAUGGGGGGGGGAGGGGGGGGCCGUUUGCUGCUGACGAGGAGAAAGCUGCUGCUGAAGCUGCAGUCUCCGUUGCUGCCUCGCCCGCUGCAGCUAUCUGCUGCUGCUGCUGCUGCUGCUGCAGCAGCAGGUGGUAGUGGUGGGGGGGAGGUUGUGCAGCAGCAGCUGCUGCUGCAGCAGAAGAAGCAGCAGCAACCUAUAUAUAUUGAAAGGGGCCGUAUACUACUUGGCUAUGUGAGUGAGAUAAAACUACUGCAGCGCAAGCAGCAGCAGCAACAGCAGCAGCAGCAGCAGCAGCAGCAGCAGAAGCAAGUGUUGCUGCGCUUCUUUGGCCCCUUCAAGGCCACACUCUCCCAGGCGGAUGUCGCCGCAGCAGAAGCAAACGGAAAAGAAUUCAAACUCGGUACACUCGUCAAGGUCAGCAGCAGCAGCAGCAGCAGCAGCAGCAACAGCAGCAGCAGCAGCAGCAGCAACAGCAGCAACAGUAGCAGCAGUAGGAGAAACAACAACAACAACAAGAUGUCGCCGCAGCAGAAGCAAACGGAAAAGAAUUCACACUCGGUACACUCGUCAAGGUCAGCAGCAGCAGCAGCAGCAGCAGCAGCAGCAGCAGCAGCAGCAGCAGCAGCAGCAACAGCAGCAACAGUAGCAGCAGUAGGAGAAACAACAACAACAACAUGCAGCUAUCUGCUGCUGCUGCUGCUGCUGCUGCUGCAGCAGCAGCAGCAGCAGCAGGUGGUAGUGGUGGCGGUGACUUCUGUCAAUCCUUAUCGCGGCACAUUGGAGGUCUCCACAGACCUCAGCGCAGCAGCAGCAGCAGCAGCGGCAGCUGGAGGCGACAGCAGCAGCAGCAGCAGCAGCAGCAGCGAGAAGUUGCUGUCUACUGGUACUGUCUUUCCUGGGGGGGAGGCGCAUGUGGUGUCUGUACACCGCAACGGCGUGCUGCUGCUGCUGCCGCGGUACCGCAGGGUGGCGGUGACGUCUGUCAAUCCUUAUCGCGGCACAUUGGAGGUCUCUACAGACCUCAGCGCAGCAGCAGCAGCAGCAGCAGCUGGAGGCGACAGCAGCAGCAGCAGCAGCAGCAGCAGCAGCACCGAGAGGUUGCUGUCUACUGGUACAGUCUUUCCUGGGGGGGAGGCGCACGUGGUGUCUGUACACCGCAACGGCGUGCUGCUGCUGCUGCCGCGGUACCGCAGGGUGCAUGCAAAGCAGCAGCAGCAGCAGGAGGAGGAGCAGCAACAGCAGCAGCAGCAGCAGCAGCAGCAGCAGAAGCAAGGUGUUCUUGGGUUUGUGCCGGUGCUGCAUCUCGCGGAUGAGGUGGGGGCUUCGCUGCCGUUCUCUGGGGUUGUUAUUGCUGCAGCUUUUGCUGUUUCUUUGGAUCUUCGUUUGUUUGUGUUUGGGGUGUAUCUGCAGGUGGGGGCUUCGCUGCCGUUCUCUGGGGUUGUUAUUGCUGCAGCUUUUGCUGUUUCUUUGGAUGCAGCAAUUCGUUCUGCUGCUGCUCGAGCCAAGCGCAAGCGCAGCAGCAGCAGCAGCAGCAGCAGCAGCAGCAGCAGCAGCGGGGAUGAAGCAUUAGAUCGUGCGAUAGCAGCAGCAGCAAAGAAGGUGGAGGAGGCACUGCAGCAGCAAGAGCAGCAGCUACGGGAUGUCUGUCUUAUUAGCUGUAAACCUUCUCUCUGUGUGUCUUCCCUCUGCAGCAGCAGCAAGUACAGCAGCAGCAGCAGCAGGAGCAGCAGCAGCAGCAGCAGCAGCAGCGUUCGUUACUUUGCUCGUAGCCGAGGGGAGUUGCAGCAGAU